AUGCACUCCCGUGCCAAUUUGUUCUGCCUGGUCGACAACACAGCACGCCUCUUCAACCACCACCAGACUAGCAAGGCCACAACUAUCAUUAGUAUAAUUCCCACAACAGUCGGCCAGGUUAUUAUAGCAACCCAAUUCUCUCUCCAGCCUGAAUUCGGUGUACCUAUCUUAUCUAACUCCAACUUCAACCGUCCAAGAUCAAUCUUAUCGAUUGGCCUUAACAACGCCGGCAUCUUUUCUAGCGAUAUCUCUUACAGUGGGUAUAAGCUACCACAACUAGCAUCGUCAGUCCCACGACCUCCUCUCGUCAAUGUCUGCAAAGAUGGAGAGAAUACUUUGCCUUACUCAAUCAUUCUCUUAUUGUUUUUAUUGGAUGGUUACAUCUUAGAGCGAUACCUCAAGUGCCGACCCACACCACCACCAGCGCCGUGCAUGCAUGGGGGCCUGUCCACACAGUUCACCAGCACUGAUGAUAAAUUCACAGUGCUUUUUCAGCCCGCAAUUUGUUCUGCAAUUUCAUCCUCUUCUUCCCAUUCACUCAGUUCUUUCUUCUUCUUCCCUAAGGAGCUGUUAUAUCUUCAUCCCUUAUUUCAUUGCUACCUGUCUUAUUCCCGGGCAUAUUCUCAUUCCAUACUCUCACCUUCUCUCACUGGGCACAUUUGUGCCAGUUCCUCUCACUGCUUUAUUUUAAUAGUUUUAUUGGCAGUAUUGGUUAACACAAACGGUAUACCUGUGCCUUUCUCCUUCCCGUGUGUUCUCUCGCUUUCUCGGAUGACUCUCUUUUCUCGGACCAGCAACCCAUCUCUCCUCUCUGUUCAAGUUAGGGUUGUUUCGUUCGGUGUCGUCCAUCUUUCUUCUGCAAGGACAGGUUUGUCGCAGGUGACCUGCUCCUCCACAGCGCCAACACCUUUGCUCCUUACAACUUGCCGAAAAGUGCCAAAACACACCACAUGUCCAGCAUCUCAGAGGUCUUACUUGCACUGUGGCCACACUGCCUCUUACCUUUUCACGGACCAAUAUAGUCCGAAGACUAGAGUCCUUUCUGGUCUUACUUGGUCCCAACUGGACAAAACAAAUGCAACCUUCACUCCUCUUUCAGACAAAUGUAGUAAUUCCAACGCGUCUAUCCUGGUCACAGCACCAAUCUAA